UUCUGGUUAAGCUAGAAGACUCGUCUAGGACGGUUGGACGUUGGACCCCAUUCACCGGUAUAAGAACAAAUCCCCCGUCGCGGCUAGAAAACAGAGCCAGAUGUGCCCCAUGUGGUCCCCGUUAGUUUUCCGCUGGCCGGUCAUCGAAUUCUCCCUUCCAACAUCGGUUUUCCGUUGGCCUGACUUCAACUUGUCGUAUUUGACCAGUGGUUGGAGCUUGCAGAGCUUCAGUUGGCUGGUUUUUUCCAUCGUCGACGAUGUGUUGUGGGCUUUCGUCACAGUUUUGGAAUCCUUGGCUUUAGUUACUAUGCUCUGUUUCUUUUUUCUUUUCUGUGGAUGUACGCUUUGAUUCUUCAACAGAAAUUUAUGCCAAAUUUUUGUACAUAAGCCAUCGGCUUAAGUUUGCUGGUAAGUUUUUACCAAUUUAAUCUGAAUUACAAAGUAAAAAUUUGUAA